AUGAGCGAAACGAAACCUCAGAAGCCCGGCCCUGCGCCAGGUGACCGCGCCGCUAUUGGUAUCACGUUUGGCAACUCCAACAGCUCCAUUGCUGUGACAGUCGACGACAAGGCUGAGGUCGUUGCGAACGAAGAUGGAGAUCGUCAAAUCCCCACGAUCCUGUCCUACAUCGACGGCGAGGAAUACUACGGCCAGCAGGCCAAGGCCUUCCUUGUUAGAAAUCCCAAGAACACCAUCGCCUACUUCCGCGACUUCUUAGGGAAAGAUUUCAAGUCAAUAGACCCUACCCACAACCACGCCUCUGUCCACCCCCAAGAUGUCGACGGGACCGUUGCGUUCACUGUCAAGGACAAGGCUGGAGAGGAUGACGAGCCAUCAACGCUGCCCGUCUCCGAGGUCUCUACCCGCUAUAUUCGCCGCCUUGUGACCGCCGCCUCCGAGUAUCUCGGCAAGAAGGUUACCUCUGCCGUCAUCACUGUCCCGACCAACUUCACAGACAAGCAAAAGGCCGCCUUGGUUGCUGCUGCCAAUGCCGCAGAUCUCGAGGUUCUGCAGCUCAUCAGCGAGCCCGUCGCUGCGGUACUGGCUUAUGAUGCGCGCCCCGAGGCCGAGAUCAAGGACAAGAUUGUGGUGGUUGCGGAGCUGGGAGGCACCCGGUCCGACGUUGCCGUUGUCGCCAGCCGCGGUGGUCUGUACACGAUCCUUGCGACAGCACACGACUACGAGUUUGCCGGCGCGGCCCUCGACAAGAUCCUCAUUGACCACUUUGCCAAGGAGUUCAUGAAGCGCCACCCUGGCGCUGACCCGCGCGAGAACGCGAGGAGUCUUGCAAAGCUGAAGCUGGAGUCUGAGGCGACGAAGAAGGCGCUGAGCAUAGGCAACAACGCAAGCUUCAGCAUUGAGAGCUUGUCCGAGGGAAUCGAUUUCGCGAGCACCAUCAACCGUCUUCGGUACGAGACGAUUGCGCGGAACGUUCUCGAGGGGUUCAACCGCCUAGUCGAGUCAGUCGUCAAGAAGGCUGGCCUAGAUGUCUUGGAUGUAGAUGAGGUGAUUCUGUCGGGUGGCACGUCGCACACGCCGCGCAUUGCGACCAACCUCGGCUCCAUCUUCCCCUCGUCAACGACCAUAUUAGCGCCCGCAACCAUCCUGACCGCUAUCAACCCUUCCGAGCUUCUUGCCCGUGGCGCCGCCCUGCAGGCGAGCCUUAUCCAGGAGUACGAGGCUGAGGACAUUGACCAGUCGAUACAUGCCGCCGUCACCACGGUGCCACAUAUCACCAACGCUAUCGGCGUAGUCUCAGUCUCUGAGUCUGGAGACGAGGUCUUUGUUCCCGUCGUCCUCCCCGACACCGCCGUCCCGGCGCGGCGGACUGUGUAUGUGGCCGCCCCCAAGGCCGGCGGCGAUGUGCUGGUCAAGAUUGCCGAGGGAAACACGCACAUCAAGGUGACCAAGCCCGAGCCGAAGCAGGCGGCCAAGCCAAAUGGAAACUCCAAGGCGGCUAAGGUCGAGGAUGCCGACGACUCGGACGCCGACGAGAGCGACUUCUCUGAAGACGAGGAGGACGAGGAAGAGAAGCGCGAGAAGGUCUGGAAUAUUGGCGCCACCCUCGCCGAGGCUGCCAUCCGCGGCGUCAAAAAGGGCGGCAAGGUCGAGGUCACCAUCAACGUCGGUGCCGAUCUGGGCGUCACCAUAACAACGAGGGAGGUCGGUGCAAAGGGCGGCGUCCGCGGGGUGUUGUGA